UGGCGGAGGGCCUUGGCCACGCGGGACGCAGCCGCUGCGCUUCGCGGGACGGCUUCCACACGCACCCUUCUUUAAUCUUCUAACACCAGAAGUGGAGUCACGUCUUUUGAAAGAAAAACUUCUCCAUCUUUCUCCCUGCGUCUCUCUCCAUCCCCCUCCUCUCCCACCGUGCCCACCUACUACCGUCGUGGAUCGAGCCCACCCGUGGGACUGAAAUAACGAACAGAAAGAAGGGAGGGAAAGCAAAGAGAAGCCCGCCGCCCGGUGGGAGACGUACCUCGGAGGGGAGCGGUAAGCAGGCUAGAAAAUUAGGUGAAGCAUGGGUGACUGGAGCUUUCUAGUGCGGCUGUUGGAGAAUGCUCAAGAACACUCCACUGUGAUUGGAAAGGUUUGGCUUACCGUUCUAUUCAUUUUCCGUAUCUUGGUUCUUGGCGCAGCCGCUGAAGAAGUUUGGGGUGACGAGCAGUCGGACUUCACCUGUAAUACCCAGCAGCCUGGUUGCGAGAAUGUCUGCUACGAUGAGGCCUUCCCCAUCUCUCAUAUCCGUUUCUGGGUGCUGCAGAUCAUUUUUGUCUCUACGCCCACUCUCAUCUACCUUGGCCAUGUGCUGCAUAUUGUGCGCAUGGAGGAGAAGAGAAGGGAGAGGGAGGAAGAUCUCAGAAAAGCUGGACGACAUCAGGAGGACCUUGACCCUUUCUAUCACAAUGGAGUCAGUGAUGGAGGAGGAGGAGGUAGUAGAAAGGAGAAACUCCCAAUCCGGGAUGAGCAUGGGAAGAUCCGGAUCCGUGGGGCAUUGUUAAGGACCUUUAUCUUCAACAUCAUCUUCAAGACUCUGUUUGAGGUGGGCUUUAUCUUGGGGCAGUACUUCCUAUACGGCUUUCACCUGAGGCCACUUUAUAAAUGUGGCCGCUGGCCCUGCCCGAACACUGUGGACUGCUUCAUCUCCAGGCCUACUGAAAAGACAAUCUUCAUAAUUUUCAUGCUUGUGGUAGCAUGUGUCUCACUGGUCCUCAACCUACUUGAGAUCUACCACCUGGGCUGGAAGAAAGUUAAGCACGGAGUCAUGAAGGAGUUUGCUCCAGACGGUCUGUCACUGAUAGGUGUCAAUGGAGCUGGAGAUGCAGAGACGAUUCCUAAACAGACCUCUCCCCCGGUGCUCGAGUGUUUGCCAGUGUGUUCUAAUGUGUGCGUGGCGGGGGCUGGUACAACUGGAGGAGGAACUUACAGUCCAACUGGAACCUCCCAUACAGUAAUCUCCUUAAACCCUAGCAUGACUAGAAUACCUAUGUCUAAAGGGCUUAAUGUAGAUAGUGCUACUUUUCACCAAGAUGAUUUCCUGAUGGAGUCACUGCCUGCUUCUGUCUACGGUGAGAGUGAAGAGAGCCACGGACACCUUGCAGAGAUGCAGCAGAAUUGGAGAAACACGGCUUUGGAGCUUCACAAUCUAAAUGAGGAAAAUUCCCCCGCAUAUCCAUCUCCUUUCCCACUUACCAACUCCUCUCAGGAAGAGUUGACAAGUCUGGAAGAGAAGAAACGCUCCACAUUUCCAACACUUCCUCGCAAUACACCUCUAUCUCCACUCGCGCCUGAGGAGACAGCUGUGGAUUCAGGAUACACUAAUUUCACAGCACCUAGCAUUGAACCACAUGAUGACUUCACAGUGAUAACAAGGGUGGAGAUGCAUCCACCUCCCACUUCUGUAGGGACAGACUUAAGGAGGCAAGGAAGCAAGAUAAGUGGUGCCCGAGCUCGCCCCAAUGAUCUGUUCGUGUAGCUAAAAUGUACACACUCACAGAUUUGCAAAACAAUCCACAUUGUUUCCCUUUACCCAUACGCAAAUAAAACCAAACCACACUAGUUUAUUUCAAGAAGCAAAGGGCUUCAUGAAAGAAACACAAUGAAUGAGAGUAAGAUUGGAACAUUAUUAGCAUUCUCGUGUCUAUGUGAUAACUAUGGAGAUUGGGUGCUAAUCAACAUAGCAUAUUCAUGGAAAAAUUGGAUAUAUCCAAUAUUGCCAACUGUAAAGCUUAAAAAUACAUCAAGAAAGAUAUUUCAGAGCUUAUGUCUUUUUGUCCUUUUUUGUAUUCCAAACACAAACUAAUGUUUUAAAAUUAAAUUUGUAAUUACUUGUUAUAUUUAGUUAGUAGGUCUUCUGAUUCUGAGUUUUAAGAAAGAAUGUGACAAAAAUGCUGGUAGUUAACAAGCACGGGUAAUUUUUAGACCAAGAGAACUUUUUUAAACUAGACAGACAAUAGUAAACGUUUCAUAUUUAA